AUGCUGCAGCGCUCCUUCCUGCGGGGCAUGUGGCUCGGCGGCACUGCCUCCAUCGCGGCACUUGGCCACGACGCGCGGCCUUCUACCGGGAAAUACAUCAACGUUUUGCCACCCACUGACAUAGCCAAGAGCAUUGCCGCUGGGGCAAUGCCCCCGGAGGCGAGCGUGGCCGCUGUGCAGCCAGUGCCGGGCAUGCACUACAGCAAGUGGAACCGGGCCUUGCGUAGCGAUGUCUACGAUGAGUUAUUGAAGCUCCCGUUAAGGUACAAACUUCAUGCCUUUUCCAAGCUGUGUCCGCCACCCUCAUCAUCGUCGUCGUCGUCGUCUUCAGAGCAGCAGUAUCAAAACGUAGGCGUAAUUGGCAGGGAAUCUGCUGUGGGUUACAACGCGCCACUUGGUCCGGCAGACCCACUUGACACAAUUCCCUUUUUCGUCCAUCGCAACAGCAACGGCUUCUUGCCCGGGAAGGUUUAUUCGAUGAACGAACGCAAUCUCAUGCCGGCCUUCUUCUUGCGCAUUCAACAGGUGGAAGGCGACAUCUUCCGAUUUGAGGAAGAGCUGCUAAAGAUAUUCCCAACGAAGAAGAUAUUUGUGCGGAGUCACAGCGUCUACGUCUACAACGUGGGGAUGGACGGUCGGCUGAUUCUGCAUCAUUGGCUCCUCGGCCUGGGCUUUUGA